AUGUCUUCUCCUCUCACUGAGGAGACUGGCUCUACGGACGCUGAAAAGGAAAUUCCACGACACCGGCCCCAGGUACAAAUCUUGAAUGUCGAAACAGAAGAGGAACGCUUUCCUAGUGAUGUUUCCAGGCCAACUACAUCUACUUGGAGGUGUAACUUGGCCGCCCUAUCACAGCGUCGAAAUUUGCUUUUCACGGCUCAAGUCGACGACAUUUAUGUAUGGAUUCCCAGUGGACCUCACCAGCUCCUUGGCGCCCGACCCGAGAUGAUCAUUCAUCCGGCGAUGAAAGAACCCAAUGCGCCUGGAUACAUCGAUCGUUCUAGGCCUCACACAAUCAAUCACAUCAUUGUGGAUGAUUUGGGAGUUGAUGAGGUUUUGCUAUUAGCGACAGACUCUGGAAACGUCACUGGAUACAAUGUCGAGGCUAUUUUCUCGGCAAUCAAUAGGAGCGCCAAAUAUGGAGGCAGUCGACCCUUUGAUGCGCAUGAAGUAAGACCUUUCUUUGCUGAACAUGUUCAGUUAAGUGCCUGGGGCUUGGCCACCCACAAAUUUGCUCGGUUGAUUGCCGUGAGCGCGAACACGGGCGUUAUCACAGUCUUUGCUUUCGCGUUGGUGGAUGUUGUGUCUGAGAGUGAUGGUAGCAGUCCCAGUUCCGUUGAGACCUCAAACGUGGGAGGCUCUGAUGUAUUGGAAAACACAUGGGUAUCAAUAGACAGUGCAUCGGCGAUGGAGAAGCUGAAAAAGGACAUACCCAAUCAUCGAACACGCAAUCUGCGGCUCAGCUAUAGGGGUCAUUUUGACAACAUCCCAUGCGUGUCGUUUGCCAACUUUGAAUUGGACCCCAACGGUCUGUGGAUGGUCAGCACCGAUAUUCUCAACCGAGUCUUUGUAUGGAAAGUCUGGGACAACCUAUUUCCUGUCAAGAGAUCCAGUUAUGAUUGUCCAAGGAGUGGUCGAGAGCAAAGGGGCUGGUUUGUCUUGCCUUUACAUCCUCGCAGAGUCCAGCAGCACCGCCUCAAGUUUGAUGCCUGUGGAUGCGAACCAAAGCCAAACAUGAUGAAUGGUCGGAUGGUUUUUGACGUGACAGAUGCAGCUGGUUAUGUCGAAACCAGAUCCAUGCGCGCUUCUCGGAAAAUCGCUGUUCGGGAAUAUGGAACCGUUUCGAACCUAUUUCUACCAGACGAUAUUUUCCCUCCUGACGGUUGUGUUCAUACUGAAUCCCGACCGCAACCAUCAAGCUCAGAACAUAAUCAUACAACUCUAGAAGCUUCCGAAGCUGCUUCUCCUCCCACCGCCAGUGAUAAUAUCAGCGCUGAAGGAUCACAAGACUAUGAGGUGGCUUCACCCCGUCAAUCGAUUCGCGUGAGGCGUGGUAUCACCAAUUUGAUUGAAGAAGAAAAUGAGCAUUGGGGCUAUGAUUAUGCUGUCGACGCGGACGUUUUAAGAGGCUUUGUACGCCAUCCGUGCAACCCUCAGUUUUUCCCUAUUAUCCACUUUUCUGCAAAUAACAUCACUUUAGAUCCUUAUCCAUUGGACGAUGGAUUUCAGACUCUCUCUCGGUCUCCAGUUGAAUCGCUGGUAGAACAAUCUGUGUUCUCUUCCUGUGAUCGCUUAAACUUGGUCAAGUACAUCCCUGAACUUGGGAUCAUUAUUGCCGCCUCCCAGGCUGGUGGAGUUGCCAUCAUCACUCUUACAUGGCAGGAGGAAACUGGCCACACCUUUCGCCUAGACUGGCUUCUCCCUUUCCCCAUUCAGGAGAGGGACGAUGACUGUCCAACACCACCACUUAUGGGUAUUGCUGCAAGCCCGAUGCCUGGGUUUGAGAUACCGCCGGAUGUUCCUUGUAUUCCUUGGGAUGUCCACCCCAAGGAUCGGUUGAGGUUCAACUACCGUCUGCUUAACCCAGAUAAAGAUGAACCUUGUGUCGCAACCCCUCCCGAACCCGGGGCUUCCAGUCCCUCUGAUCCGGAUCUUAGCCCUGACCCCGAAGACCCGAAUCUCACAAUUCCUGAAACCCACUCCUAUGCCUCGGACAUCUACCAACCUCAUGAGACCUGGCAUGGUUACCACCCUUCUCGGCAUUACAGGUUACUUUUGCUAUUCUGCGAUCUCACGGUCAUGAGCUAUGAGUUCUGGCACAACUGGAGAGGUUGA